UCUCCCAUUCAUAGCCAUGGCGACGGGGGGGAGUGGCGAACUGCUUCUGCUGCAAAUUGAGAGAGCGUGAGGGAGGGAGAGAGAGAUGGUGUGUGCGUUCGGUGGUCUGCUGGGACUGCAGCCGUCGCUUCAUGUCGGUCGGCCUUUGGCCUCUUGGAGACUGGGCGACGAUGAGCUCCUCCUCGCCACCACCAGGUCGUCGAAGGGGACGAAGGCCGCGACCACCUCAACUCUCAACUCCCCAACCACUGUUUCUCCUUCUCCUCUUCCACCAUCCAAAACCAGUGCGCUACCAACCAAGAACCUGCCUCCCCAGAAGGCGGUCGCUAACAAGGUCAAAAUGGACUAUGCCUUGCAGAUGUUUCUGCUGACGCCUAAUGGCACCUCUUCUUCCCACGCUGCUGUUGCUGCUGCUGCUGUCAGCCAACAAGAGCAGUCGGAGAAUUUGUACUUAGGAUAUGAGACGUGGUUGCCAGUGGCUCCAAAAGUCAAAAACAAGAAGCCUAGAACCAUAUACAAUGCAGAGUCCCUUGCAUAUCUUGGCGAUUGCAUCUAUGAGUUGUAUGCUCGGCGCCACUUCUUGUUCCCACCUUUAGCUCUUGAUGAAUAUAACAGUCGCGUGAUGGCAGUGGUGCGCUGUGAGACACAGGACAUGUUAUUGAAGAAACUCCUGAAGGAUGGCUUCUUAACUGAUGAUGAACGGGAUGUUGUUCGAUGGGGGAAAAAUGUACAGUCUGGAAAAACAAAGGCUAUAAAACGUGUUGGUGUAUCAACCUACAAGAGGGCGUCAUCACUUGAAACCCUUAUUGGAUACCUGUAUCUGACAAAUGCAAAGCGCUUGGAGGAAAUCAUGUCGAACAUGGGAUUUUCUGCAGGUGCUUCUAGUAAUAUGAUUGCACAGAAAUGAGGGAUAUGUUUUGAGGAAUCAACUCCAGUUUGAGGCCAUAUCACUAAAGACCUGCCUGAGAUCUUGGAUGCUUGUGGUAUUGAACCUACUGUUCAUUUUGCGAUGAAUGGAAGUUGGGACCUGCUUCUGGGGUUGCUGAGAGAUCCUACACAACAGAAGCGUGCAUGAGCAAUCCAACCACAUUUUUACCAAUGAAGUUAUGUAUGAAAUUGACAUAAGAUUUUCCACCAGAGAAAUUCUAAAUCGCUGUAUAUGUCCCUUUUAGAACAUGUUCCUUUGAGGGCAUCCGUUCCCUUCUGAGAUUCAAUCAUCUGUGUUCGUGACUUUUUUCAUGGUAAUUUCAGAAUUCAGAUUAACAUA